CUGCGACUCCGAUGAACACAUUAACAACGAUGUAAACAAGUUUGACAAGUGGCCGCUUCUUUAGAUUUCAAAGAUGGGAUAGCUAAUUUAGGAAGAAAGCAUCCAUGGCAUCGGGAAAAUCUAAGUCAGCAAAAGAAGUCACAUCGGUAUUUGGGACGUUGGUGCGCACUGCAGAGCCAGAGGAUUCAGGUGGUCCAGCAUGCGUGAGAGUAAAAACUGUCAAAAAAUCCGGCAAGGACGAAGAUGUCCACGAGGAGAAUGGAGUUUUGUUCUGGGUAAAUAAAAGUGGAUUUCCAAUAGAUAAUAAAACAUGGGACAGGAUGUGGGAUCAUGUUGCUCGCAUACACCCUGAUGGUUAUGAUGUAAUGCACAGAGUGCGUGACAAAAAGGAUCUACCUUCAGUACCUAUUCCUCAAGCUCCUACAAAUUUCUCAGCUUCUAUUCCAAUAUCAGAAAGACUGGAUAAGAUUCAGAACUACAUGAGAACCCUUCAGUACAAUCACACAGGUACACAGUUUUUUGAGAUACGAAAAAACCGACAUAUUUCAGGAUUGCUUGAGUCUGCAAAAGAAAUGAUCAAAGAGGCUUUGCCUAUCAAAUGUUUAGAGGCUGUCAUACUUGGAAUAUACUUAACAAAUGGUUUUCUGGGUGUAGAGAGAUUUCCGCUCAGUUUUAAGAGUGUGUUUGGAGGAAAUGUCCACAGACAUGUAGUGCUUGGGAUUUACUAUGCUGGCAGUUAUGGAACAAUAGGCAUGAGUCGAAGAGAGGACCUUAUGUAUAAGCCCCUGAUAUUCAAAAGUCUUACAGAUCUUGUAUUUGAUUAUGAAAAGUCGUACAACAAAUUUAUGCAUGAUGUUAAGAAAGUCAAAGUUGGUAUGCCUGUUCCGCAUGAUUCCCACAGCUAUGAAUUCAUCAGCUGGAAGGCUGUGACUGUCAGUCCAAACAGGAUGUCAAAGAAGGAAAUUACCAAAGACCUGGAAAGUAUGGCCAAAGAAAUCCGAACAAGGGGUCAAGCUCACUGUGACCUACCACAGGUCAAACUAUAUUCAUCAAGAUCCCAGGCUAAAUCUUGGACCAUAACACUCCAGUCCCCCAGGAAAUAUUCCACAGAGGCACCACGAGAUGCUCGCACAAGUCUACAGCAAGCUACUAAAAUAUAUAGGGCAUACACAUCUAUUCCCACUGAUACUGGGACUAAGAAAAAGACACAGACAACUUCUGCUACUCUCGACUCCUCAGACUACCAGCUUCGCAUAUGAAGUUCAGAAAGAUAACAACCCAAUCCACAGUUUUCACGAGAAUUGUUUCCAUCUUGUUAUCACGAGAUCUGUUCCUCGUGUUCACUAGUGAACUGUAUGUACUGUCCAAAAUUACACCAGAAGUGAAUUUAGUCAGCAGUAGUGACAUUGGAAUACUAGUACUCAUUAUAAACGUACUAGUCAGGACAGAACUUCACUAUAUCAAAUGCAUUUUAUACUCAAAUUUGGUGCUGUGAUGUGCUUUCCAGUUAUAUAUAAAUUGAAAUAUAUAUGUAUUAGUAAAAUUGUGAACAGGUAAUACCAUUUCAAAUUGCAUUUGAAGUGAUACAAUGUUCACUGCCUUUUUAGUAUUUGAGUACAGAGUAUUAAAUUGUUGAAGAUUGUGUGUGUUGAAA